UCAUUCUGUUUGUCAAAGGAUGUGUACGCAGCAAGCACAGCACCGAGGAAGAAGUCUUGCUGAUAAUGAAUAGCUCCAGCAACAACCACACCUCUGACUCCCUUGUGAUAUAAAUCUAGAGGAAAAGUUGUGAGACAAUAGGACAGGAAUUUCAGUUAAGCAAUGUGGAAUUUAAUGUGGGUUUCGACAAUUUAUGCUCUAUUCUUAAUACACGUAAUUACACUGAGUUCAAAGUGAAAGGGCUUUAGGUUUGUGUCUUGUCAGGGUAUAACCUUGUACUUUAUAAUACAUAUCUGAGUGAUGGAUGCUACCGCUUUCUUAAUAAUAUCAGAAAGACUGUACUGUACCAAGAAACUACACCUCCCAAGAUGCAGUGGAGCAAGUGGGCCGGCAGCUGGAAAUCACACCUACCAAGACAGCCCUCGGGACCCGGGCAGGAUGACUCCUUUGACUUCCUGUUCAAGAUCAUCCUAGUUGGUGACUCAGACGUGGGAAAGACCUGCGUGGUCCAGAGCUUCAAGUCUGGGAUGUUUUCAGAAAAACAGCAGAACACCAUUGGGGUGGACUUUACUGUUCGCACCAUGAAUAUUGAUGGCAAGAAAGUGAAGUUGCAGGUGUGGGACACAGCAGGGCAGGAACGAUUUCGCACCAUCACCCAGAGUUACUACCGCAGCGCUCAUGGAGCCCUGGUGGCCUAUGACAUCACACGCCGCACCACCUUUGACUCUGUGACCAACUGGAUCAAUGAAGUGCAGCAGUACGGGGCAGCCAGCGUGGUGCUCAUCCUCAUUGGUAACAAGUCCGACCUGGAGUCAGUCCGUAGACAGGUGCUUUUUGAGGAUGCAUGCACCCUGGCGGAGGAGAGGGGAGCGCUGGCCGCCCUCGAGACCUCAGCCAAGCAGGCUCAGAAUGUCGAAGCCGCCUUCAGUUUGAUGGCCCGGGAGCUGGUAGCACGCAAUGGCAUGACCGUUACUGACGAACCUUCCCAGGCCCUGCCGCACUUCCUGCUCGGCACCAACUCUCAUCCAAUCCACGGCCCUGUUUCAUCAGAUAAGAAGUCAUGUGAUUGUAAAGGAGCCUAAGGAGGAGAUGAAAGGAAUGAGAAGGAUGGUUGGUGAGACUGAUGGAUGGCUGACCAGUCAAUCUUAACGUGUAGUUCCCGAGAGCAGGGGAAGAGGAGGGAAACUGUGGUACAGAAACUGUAUGUGUGAGGCUGUAUGUUGGGAUUAAGACCAAUACAAUGUAGUAAAACAUUUCUCUGUUGAAAGUGACUAUCAGUGUUAGUUAGUUACAUGAUAUGCAGUAGC